GAAUCUGGCAUCAUUUGAGAAGAUGCUCAAAUGUGGAGCACAGGCCUAAAAAAACGCUAAGAUUCCUCUAUGGAAGCGCGCGCAGUCCAUUCCAAUGCGCUCCAUAACGGGAUUUCUGCGCCAUUCUGAGCGAUUGUGACUGCGCAGGCCGGAGACGAGAGAGACGGACAAGAAGGCAGAAUAGGGCAGGUGUACGAUGCUCGCGGACAUCCGUAAGGCGAACUCCGUGGCCAGCUGUGUACGAGCCGAAGCGGCGAUCUACCCGGACUCCCCCGUGUCCUCGGCACCGGAGAACGGCCAGCUUCUCCUCCGCAGCGGCGCGUGCACGCAGGCCACGGGCACGAGCGCGUCCAGCGCCAACGCGGACCGAGGCAGCACGGACACCAGCGCCUCCGCGGCGGCCCGCGCCAUGACCUCCGGCUGCGAAUUCGCGCCGUCCGCGGCCCCAUUCGUCCCGCGUUCGGCUAAGAACCUAUUCUACAAAGUGCUGUGCUUCGCCUUUCUAGUGCUGCAGGGCGGCAUCCUGGACUUCUACCUCAUCGCGUUCACCGACCUGUACUGGUGCUCCUGGAUAGCCACGGACCUCGUGGUGGUCUCUGGCUGGGCCAUCUUCUUCGUUCGCAACGCUCGGAGCAAGCGCGAGCGCGCGUGCGGCUUCCGCCAGAAGAGCUCGCUCUUCGGCUGCCACCUGGGCGAGUUCGCGUUCGCGCACCUCGCGUGGCUCGUCUACGUGAUCGCGUGCGCGCCCAAGGUGGCGCUCGUGCUGCAGACGUCCAUCCUGGAGCUGGUGGCGCGCGAGGUUCCGCUGGGCGCCGCGGGUUUCGAGGCCACCGCGCUGCUCGCCGCGCCUUUGCUCUUCUGCCUCGUCAACUCGCUGGUCGAGGACCCGCACGGCGCGCCGCGCUACCACUCGCAGGGCUGCUUCGUGAGCACGUGCGUCGACGUGCUGGACAGUUUCACGCUCGUGGACGCUCUGCUUGUCCGGAAUGAGGUCCCCGGCAACGCGUACUACCUGCGGUACGGCGUGAUGGCGGCGUACUUCGUGGCGCUGGCCGUGCCCGUGCUGUGGCUUUACGAGCUCUCCGCCGCCUCGCGGAUGCGCUGCCGCUGGAUGUGCGCGCGCUUCCUCAGCGGCGUGCUCCUCGACGCGCCUCUGCUCGCGGUCAGGUGCCUGCUCGUGCUCCUCUACGACGCGCCCGUGUCGCUUUUUAUGUUCAAGAACGUCUUUUUCUUGGCGUGCAAGUGCCUGGAGCUGGUGGAGCAGUGCGCCAGCCUGAGGAGUGUGCGCAGGCUGGCGCGCGGCGGAGACCCUUCCCAGUUCUCCCACUGCGUCUCGGAGAACGACAUGUGCCCGCGCGGCUACGUUAACACACUGGCUGUGAACACGCAGCCCUAAAUGCUGCGGAAAAUCACCUGCCACGCGCAUUCACAAGAACUCACCGUACUAACCAGCCUUACGAAAACGCCGUCGCGAGACCAACAUCCUCAACAGGUGCUGCAACCAAACACAUCGACGUGCCAGUGGGGGGGCAGAAUCUCAAAUGACUCCUAAUAUCUAUGUGCUAUGAGUGUUUAUAGGGUCUGAAAUAACGUCUUUCACACUUCCUAAUGCGUCAUGAUACACACCAGGGUCCAUCUGUAGCUCACAGAAGGGAGGUAUUUGAGUUCAAAUGUUAGCAGUGGUGAUUGAGCUUGGCAUUGACACUGCUCCUCAAGCUCCUAACCAGGGAGGGUUUCUAAAUCAGAGCAUCACAUCAUCCCAUGCAAGGAAAACUGCCUCCUGAAACACAUGAAGUUUUCUCAUAAUUUCAGUAUUAGUAUGAAAGUUGAAGAUUUUGCAAUAUUGUCGUUUUGACAUGUUAAUGAAAGAAAAAGUUUAACAAACAAACCACAUUUAAUCCUAAAUCGUUUACAUCAUUGAAAAUCAUGUUCAGGAUGAUUUUUUUUCCUUUGUUGAUAUAAGCUGAGCUGAUACUUUCUUAUGUACAACCCUAAGUGUUCAGAAUGACUGGCAUUUUCUAAUGUUCUCAAGUGUAGCAUUAAAAGUCCUCUCUAACAUUGGUAUCUAACUGGUCUCAAAGCCUCAAAUACACGUCCACUCUUCUGUGAGUUGCAGACAGAUUCUACUUUGUACCCAUGUCAUAUAAACAUGAGAUUGGAUGUUGUUUAAUAUCAGAUUGUCUGAUGUACAGAAAAUAUAUUUAAAAAGAAA